CGCUGCACGUUGUCGCGUCUAGAGCCGUGGUGAGACCCACGUGGUUCGUCGGACGUAGGGCGAGUGCCGGCAUUCCCCCGCCGCGACGACAACGGCGAAGACACGCAGCUCUCUGAAGUUCUUAAAAGUUGGCCCAGUGUUAAAAACCACCUGUAGACCUAAAACUUAGUUGUAGUGAGUAACCUAACUGUGCAGUGUUGAUAUUGUGCACGUAGUUGGAAUGCAUUGUCAGUGAAACACGAGAAGUGAAAAAAGCACGUUUCGUCGUGAUUUAGCGCUAGUCAGUGUUAACAUUCACAUGACAAGGGAACACCGGGUGAAGUACGUUAUCGAUAUUGUGGCCUUAGCAUAAUUUACACUGUUGGAAAUUCAUAUUACCCUUCACCGACGCAAUGUCCACCGUGGCUAAGAGUGAUGACGGAGAUGUUUCUCUGCCAGAGGAAAGGGGUAUCCCCCUCAAUAUUCUCCGGCAUGAUUCAGAAGCGAAAGAUGGAAAGGCUGUGAGGUUUGCGGAUGCGAAUAUCGGCCAAGGAAUGGAGAACGCCAACAUGAAACACGCUGUCAAAGAAAACGAGGGCAAUAGGCCUUUCAAAGAAAACGAUGCAUCCACGGACUAUUCCAGGGGGGACGAUUCUCUUGAAACUCGGGCGUCAAUUAAGAGGCUGGAGUUCAAGAGGACACGAGCCAACUCUUACCGUCGGUCGCUGCAGUACAUCGACGACACACCGGAUAGCCAGGCCGAGGAGGACAUCGAUGCGUUCUCCCCUCAGACAGUAGGGAAGCUUGUCAGCGGCUCAGUGAGGAUAUCAGAAGCAAAACUGAAGGAAAGAGAAGAAAGUAGAGACGAUGAUAAGGAAGAGGGCGAGCUAGCAGUGCCUGGGGGCGGCGGCAAGUCCCGUCGCCGCUACAGGAGCCGGUCGCUGUCCCAGUCUUCCACGGACUCUUACUCCACCUAUUGUAAGUUUGGCUGAAAUUUUGACCUUCCGUUUGGUGUGGCGUGUGGUGGGUAGUGAGAGAGAGAACGGCGAGGCGACCCCAGGUUUGGU